GGUAACACUCUCACCCACUGCUCACCAGGAAAUUUACCUAGUACAACUGAAUCAAAUCCACGUGAGCAUGUUCAAGUUGUAACUUUAAGAAGUGGAAGGAAGUUAGUUGAAGAUGAAUGAGGAGGAGGUUUUAAAUGUCACGCUCCCAGCUGCAUUCGAGAUGCACCUGCCAUCAGGAGAGCCCCGUAAGCGUUUUCGCACAUGGGGAAGGAAGAGAACUCUUCUAGGGCCACUCUCUCUUGAUCAGGUGACCUUAGAGGAGUGGAACCAUUGGGAGGAGAUUGAUGGACUACUCGCAGACUCUCGUUGGCGCUACUUGCUCACCUUUGCAGAGCAGUCUAGUUUGGAGCUGACGAUCGAGUUUCUUUGCACCUACCAGUGUCUGCAUGGUGGCCGGCCUAUUAAGGAUGCAACUGAUGUCAGACCCGAUUCCACCUUGACGUUUUCACUUAGUGGUCGAGCCUUCACCCUUUCCAUGGCCGAGUUCGGGCGUCAUUUGGGGAUAUACACUAAGGAGGAGGCACGCUCCCUUGUCUUUGCCGCUCUUCCGUAUUCCUUACCUUCAGAGUUCAGUCUUGAGCAGUUCUGGCGGCAGCAUUCCCUGUCGUUCAGCAAGAACACGGCGCAUACCUGUCAGUGGAGGAGCAGCGCCUGGAGGAUACUCAGUUUUGUGCUUUCACAUGGUCUCUUCGGUCGUCCGACUAACUCAAAUCGGAUUGGCAUGAAGGAUAUAUACAUCUUUUGGAGUUUGGCAGAAAGGGUUCAGGUCAACCUGGCUAUCUUCAUGGCUCAGUUCUUCCUACUUCAAAGGAAGAGCCAUAGGAAGACUCUUCAGGCAGGACCCUUUGUUACUUGCCUUGCCCGUUCCCUUCAACCCGAGAUACCAGGUAAUUUGCUUCCCAUUGACCAGAGCAUUCGCCCUCUGAGCACCACAUCUCUCACGAAGAUGGGGAUCGCGAAGAGGCGUCGAGUAGAGGAGAGUGAUGAGCCACCCCUGGAUUUCUUUGAUCCUGGGACGUACACAGCCUCGUCGAGUGGUGUUGAGGCAACUAUGCUCCAGAAGAUCCUGGAGGAGAUGAUGAAAAUGAACACGAGGAUGGGCGCUAUCGAGACCAGCAUACAAGACGUAAAGGACAUCAUGGAGACUGACCAUAGCGCCCAUGAGAAGCAAAUGAAGAGGAUGAAUGAACGCCUAGAGUCUCACACCCAGAAGCUCCAUGAGCUUGAGAUGCUGCUCGGCGACCAGGCAGGCGGCCGCCUACCAGACCGCCUGCCACGCAUCAGCAAAUGGCGAAAGCAGGUUGGUCAGGGGAUCGGCUAUGUUGUCGUCAGUAUCUACUUUGCAAAUCAUCACAUUUCCUCUAUCUACGAUUUCUCGUAUGAUGUGAUAGCGUCGUACAAUGUGUUUGGUUUUCUGGUGAGAUCGCGGUUCCUUUGCCUGUGCAAUGGCCCCAGUGUUGUCGCAAAACAACGAGAUAGGGAGGAGAAGGACUCUGGCUCUUGGAAAGAACCGUGCCAGGUGUCAUAGGUAAAGAUCGUUUAUUUGAGUUAGACAUGCUAAAUCGAUCAAGGAUUUUAUCUAUAUAUGUACUUUGAUUUAGACCUAUUAACUUUCUUGAUCUAUCUCGGUAGAUUCAUAUGCCAAGGACAUAACUAGCAUCCCCUAAGUCUUUCAUGGAGAAGUUCUCGCUCAACCACGUCUUUACAGAAGUGAGAGCGGGAAUAUCGUUACCCAUUAACAAUAUGUCAUCGACAUAUAAGAUUAGGAAUACUAUUACACUCCCACUGACCUUCUUGUAUACAAAAGAUUCGUCAGAGUUCUUCUUGAAACCAUAACUGGAAAUGGUUUC